GCUCCUCUCACCUUGUAAGAAAUGAACAACUUAACAACUUUCGGCAUUCCGGUUAUCUCAAUGUAAUAUAUCUCAAGAGGGAUUAAUAUGUCGCUAUACCCUCAGCCACUCACUUUUGUUUCAUGACCUAAUGCAUCCUUUUUGACGUUACGGAUUAGUUCCAUUCGUAUUCUUCAGCUCCGGUGCGGCGCCAUUGUGCCAUUUGGCCAUUCGGCCGCCUAUUCUCUAGCGUUGUCCCUGUCCUGUGAUCGUCCACUGAAGCGGCGCGCCCACAAUGGCCCGGCCUUUUCACGUUGGGGUUACAGCGAGCCACAGGUUUCUUGACCCAUCCAUGCAUGGCCUUGACUUUCUCAGAGAGCUCAUUGGCCACUGGGUAUCAGGACUUGACAUCACACGUUUAGGGUCCCUAGCCGCAUGUGUUGGUGCUGCUCCCGCGGCGUGGAGGUUCCUGAGGACGGCUUGGCACGAAACGUAUGGCUGGGUUAGACAGUUCUUUAUCUCGUCAGUCACCAUACCCGGUCACGACCCGCUGAAUAGACAUGUGACAAAUUGGGUCGUAACCAAUGUUAUCCAGUUUCGGAGCAUCCGAUCCUUCACGGCUCGCACCCAGGUUCAAGCUGGCGCCGCUACGGACCGUGCCGCCUUGCUGAAAAAGACCCGCCGUGAUAUACAGUACUUGCCUCACUUCGAGUCAACAUGGUUCUGGCAUGAAGGGAACUUGUUCCUAAUUAGACGACCUCUCGAUGGCUUCAAGGCAUCUAUGGCUAAUUCUGCCUAUGAUGGCGUCGGCGGAGAAGAGCUCACUAUCGGUUGCCUCGGACGGUCAACAGAGCCUAUUAAGAGGUUAAUUCAGACUUGCCAAGAGUAUGCAGACAAACAAGCUCAAUACUUCGUCCUCAUAUAUUCGCGUUAUCGAAUGUCUUGGCAGCCAAAAUCUCGUAAGCCGAUACGUCGUCUGGAGACGGUUCAUUUCGACGACAAACUUAAACAGGAACUCCUCGCUGAUAUUAGGAAGUACCUUGAUCCUAACACUAAAAGACUAUACAACUUGCGGAGUAUGCCGUAUCGAAGAGGCUACUUGUUUUACGGACCGCCGGGUACCGGGAAAUCAUCGCUAUCGACUGCCCUUGCUGGAGAAUUCGGUCUCGAUCUUUAUGAAGUUAAGAUCCCGAGCGUGGCAACCGACCAGGACCUGGAACAAAUGUUUCAGGAGGUGCCACCGCAGUGUAUUGUGCUUCUAGAAGACAUCGACGCUAUCUGGACGAAACGGGAGUCGACCAAUCACGAGCGGCAUGGCGAGGCCAUAACGAACUGCACGCUUUCCGGGCUGCUGAACGUCUUGGAUGGAGUUGGGUCCCCUGAGGGCCGUAUUGUCAUUAUGACAACAAACAAGCUGUCUCGUCUUGACAGUGCUCUAGUGCGUCCUGGUCGUGUUGAUAUGAAAAUACUGCUUGGAAAUAUUAGUCGAAAGUCAGCCGAGCAGAUGUUUCUCCGCAUGUUCGCGCCAGACGUCGAUUAUUUGGCGUUACCAUCGUCGAAGAAGGACACGGUCAAAAUAGGGGAAAGCCAGCAUGUCCAAAUGGACCACGAGCGACUACUGAGGCUUGCUUCAGAGUUUUCGACGCAAAUCCCAGAAGACACAUUUACCCCUUCGCAACUGCAAGGCUUUUUUCAAUUACAUUUAGAUAACCCUACCGAGGCUGCCUUGAGUAUUUCCGCCUGGGUUGAGAGGCAACUGUCUGGACUGUCAUCGGAUGACGAGAUCGAGAUUGUCGGCAACGGGCACGCUCGAUAAACUACCUCAAUGAAGGUGUACGAUAGAUGGAUAAAGGAUUACUGUAUUAUAAUGAUGUACUAUAGAGAGUUUCGUAUUAGAUUAGACAGGAUAACGGAGUUUAGGGCAUGGUCGGAUAGUUACCUUUGGUUGGGCAUCGGUUAGAGCGGCAGCAUAUUAGGCGCUUGCUGACUGAUUAAAAGUCUUCUGUUAAUCGAACAAUGUAGAUACCUAGGUCGGCUAACAAGAUCCCCUUAGCUGGCACAAGUGACUUGUCAGCCCCCUUGUAACUAGCAUCAAUACAGGAGACUUCACAGAAUGGAGAUAGGUAGCUCGUACGAUAUCAGGCCAGCCUACCAUUGUGUGAUAUAUUCUAGAUAUUAUGCUAAUUAUUGAUCAUAGCGGUGGCGGUCCCAAGUGCUGUGAAGUUAAUGGCUCGUGCCAAUUAAGGGGAUAUUGGACUUCAAAUUCCAUACGAAAUCAACUCCGUC